AGUGUCUAAGCCUCGGCCAGAAAUCUAUCAAUGAGAGGGAGGUCCUCGCACCUCGCAAGGUUUCGGCACCGCUAUAUAAACCCGCCCGUUAGACUUGCUCUUUACUACCAGAAAACAACUCUGAUCAACAUGAACACUUUGACUUGCGUCCUCUUCGCCCUCGCCGCAAGGUCGGCAAUGGCCGCUCCAGUGGACCAGACGACGCCAGUGGCUAUUGUGGCAUACACUGCUGAUGGACCCAACCCAGACGGAUCCUAUCUCUUCAGCUACGAGGCGGCCAACGGCAUCAAAGCAGAAGAACACGGCCAGCUGAAGCAGUUGAACGAAACCAACUCUGUCAUCGCUGUCCAAGGAUCGUACAGUUACACCUUCGAUGACGGGACACCUGUAUCCUUGAGCUACGUUGCUGACGAGAACGGCUUCCAACCAAAGGGAGACCACCUUCCUACGCCUCAUCCUAUCCCAGCUGGAAUUCUGAAGGCUCUGGAAUACAUCGCCGCGCAUCCCGAGCAGGACAAAGCCCGUUGACCAAUCACUAUGCGACGGAAACACUACUGUAGAAAUAGGACAUCGUCGACGCGACGGUGGGUCCAUCGGAGUCGUUCGACUCCCAGUGACCCAUCGUGACACAGUUCAGUUUUUUUUUUAGACUUAUUUCUUGCACCUGUUCACACCAUCGAUGGACGACAGUGGACUUUUUGCGAUUUUCAAAGAGUAGCUCUGUGGAACGACUUGUGAAGCGGUAUCGCUUGACAGUCGUGCCAAUGGUGAAGCUUGUACAUUUGUAGUAUUAC